CCGGAAGCGGCUCCAGCGGUUGUUGUUCUCCGAGAAGUGGGCUCUGGCUGUGUCUUGGUUGUCCUCUUCCCUCUCCCGCGGUGGGUGAGAUUACCGCCGAGGAACUGGAGAGGCAGAGUGGAGCUUAGACCCGGGGAGCAAGAUGGACAUCCUGAAGUCAGAGAUUCUGCGGAAGCGGCAGCUGGUGGAAGACAGGAACCUGCUGGUGGAAAAUAAAAAGUACUUCAAGCGGAGUGAACUUGCAAAAAAAGAGGAGGAAGCAUAUUAUGAAAGAUGUGGCUACAAGCCUAUAAGUGAGAAGCCUUCUGGAGAGAUACAGCCAAAAGAGGAUGACCAGAAACCACUAACAUCAUCAAAUCCAGUGCUGGAACUUGAAUUAGCAGAGGAAAAACUUCCUAUGACUCUUUCUAGGCAAGAGGUCAUCAGAAGACUGAGAGAAAGGGGAGAACCAAUUAGACUGUUUGGGGAAACCGAUUAUGAUGCUUUCCAACGUUUAAGAAAAAUAGAGAUUCUUACACCAGAAGUUAAUAAGGGCUUAAGGAAUGAUCUGAAAGCAGCUUUGGACAAGAUUGACCAGCAGUACUUGAAUGAAAUUGUGGGUGGUCAGGAACCCGGAGAGGAAGACACACAGAAUGACCUGAAAGUUCACGAGGAAAACACCACCAUUGAAGAAUUAGAGGCACUGGGCGAGUCCUUAGGGAAAGGUGACGAUCACAAGGACAUGGACAUCAUCACCAAGUUCCUGAAGUUUCUUCUUGGUGUUUGGGCUAAAGAAUUGAAUGCCAGAGAGGAUUAUGUGAAGCGCAGCGUGCAGGGCAAACUGAACAGUGCUACUCAGAAGCAGACCGAGUCCUACCUCAGACCGCUCUUCAGAAAGCUCCGGAAAAGGAAUCUUCCUGCUGAUAUUAAAGAAUCAAUAACAGAUAUUAUUAAGUUUAUGUUGCAGAGAGAAUAUGUGAAGGCGAACGAUGCUUACCUUCAGAUGGCCAUUGGGAAUGCUCCCUGGCCUAUUGGUGUCACUAUGGUUGGUAUCCAUGCCAGAACUGGCAGGGAAAAGAUUUUUUCCAAGCAUGUUGCACAUGUUUUAAAUGAUGAAACCCAACGGAAAUACAUUCAGGGACUGAAGAGGUUAAUGACAAUUUGCCAGAAGCACUUUCCUACCGAUCCAUCCAAAUGUGUGGAGUACAAUGCCCUGUAAGAUCUGCGUACACUGUGUGGAGUACAAUGCCCUGUAAGAUCUGCGCACAGUGUGUGGAGUACAAUGCCCUGUAAGAUCUGCGUACACUGUGUGGAGUACAAUGCCCUGUAAGAUCUGCGUACAGUGUGUGGAGUACAAUGCCCUGUAAGAUCUGCAUACAGUGUGUAACAGGAAGCCCUGCCCACAGCCCUGCCCGCAGCGUGUGGACUCUUGGCCUACCACAGCUACCGAAGAGGGAAGCGUCCACGGUCGGGUUCUACCUGGUGAAAUACUUGUUGACUUCAAGACAGUGUUGGCUUUCACAUGGUACUGAACUGCAAACUAAUUUUUGUGUCUUGAUUUCAUUUUAGUGAGUUGAAAAAUGAAAUUGUAAAGAUAUUAUCUGUAAUUUAAGUGUAGACAACAACCACAUAGGAAAGGGGGUUGGAGGUGACCAUUGUCAAGAUCCAGAUGUGUCAUUGAUACUUAGAAACAUUUGAGGGUGGCUUUGAAUUUCUGUAAAUUAUUGUGAUUUGCACAUUUUUCUAUGUGGUAUUUAUAAAAAAUAUUUUUUGUAUUUCAACAAGAGUGUGAGACCAUUGACUGCUCCUUUACCGUUUGUACAUGUUCUUGAACUUUUGCAAUGUUAACUGUUAAAUGUUAUUUUUCUUGUGUUUCA